GAACUAGUAGGGAGGGAGGCUUGGGUUGGGUUGUAUGGUUGAUCCUGUUUUCAUCUUUUGAGCCCUGAAUCUGAAUGAAUUAACAAAUAAAGAACUAAAACUAGCACACCAUCACCAACAACAUGAUCAUGAUGAUGAACGCCGCGGUCGGUAAUAUUUUCCCUUUUUUGCCUUCAUUAUCCAAAACAUUAUCCUACUCCUCCUCGCCGACCCUCUUCUUCCCUAUUCUUUCCCCUCGAACACCAUCCACUCGAUCUCUCGUAAUUGAGACGACCACCGUCGCCGAAGCUCAAACUUCAGAGGAGGCUCGUUCGGAGUCUGUUGCUCGCCGCCUAAUCCUGCUUCGUCAUGCGAAGAGUUCAUGGGAUGAUCGUUCAUUGCGAGAUCAUGAUCGCCCUUUGAGUAAAGCGGGACAAGCUGAUGCUAUUGAAGUUUCACACAAGCUCCAGCAGUUGGGUUGGAUUCCUGAGCUUAUUUUGUCCAGUGAUGCAGUGCGAACAAAGGAAACACUUAAAACUAUGCAAGAGCAAGUGAGAGGAUUUUUGGAAGCUGAGGUACAUUUCAUUUCGAGCUUUUAUUCAAUUGCAGCAAUGGAUGGACAGACAGCUGAGCACCUUCAACAUGCCAUCUGUAAAUUUUCAAGGGACAAGAUACUUACAGUUAUGUGUAUGGGACAUAACAGAGGAUGGGAGGAGGCAGCCUCAAUGUUCUCAGGCACCUCCAUAGAGCUGAAGACUUGCAAUGCUGCUUUGCUUGAAGCUACUGGGAAAUCGUGGGAAGAGGCAUUUUCUUUGGCAGGAUUUGGUGGGUGGAAGCUCCAGGGCAUAGUGAAGCCAAAUUCUAAUUUGUAGGAUUGUGUUCAGUUAUGAGUACCACUACUUCCAAAAUACCAGGCCUUACUUAUGAUAGGGCUGAAUACAAAUUUUCAAACUUGACAAGCAAUUUGUGAGAUAGGCAAGGAGUGGAAACCAAAGUUGAGUGAAUUUGGAUGCAUUCGCUUAUGCAGGCGAUAGUUUAUUAUAUAUGGCUUGCAAAAGUUUUUUUUUAAAAAAAUGGUUGUUUUUAUACCUCUGCUUCUUACUAGAUUGUGUUCUGUAGCCCUGUGUCAAAGAUUGUGUUGGUGGUCAUAUUGUCAACUUGCUAAAGGUUUAUUGAAUUAACAGUUGUGAUGUGGAACAGAUCAUUACCUACAAUUAUGUUAGUGUGAUCAAAUUGUCAAUUUAUUACAUGAACUAGAUCAGUGAACUUUUAAAUCA